AUGUCUCUCCGCCCGGCGCUCUACGCGUCUACCGGUCCGGCAGCUCGGACAGGGUCUUCGCGCACCCCGAAUCGGCAGCUGCGGGAUGCUUGGCUCAGACACCGCAGCAGUGUGGGCCAGCAGAGCCAGGCGGACUCGAUUCCUUUGGCGUCGAUCUCUCUGGGUCUCGGUGGCCUCCUUGCUGGGGCGCGUGCCCGGCAUUUCUCGAAGACCGGCUCUGGGCCCUGGCUCCGUCGAUCAGGGGCUCUAGGCCUCCGGGCGCCUCUCUGCCGGGCUUUGGCUACCGAGACCUUGGCUACCAAGGUUUUGGCAGAGGGUCCGGAAAUCCGCACCCCACCAGGGGAUCCGCGCUCGUACCGAGUGUUGCAGCUGGAUAACGGGCUCCAAGUAUUGUUGGCAUCAGACCCCAGCGCAAGCACGUCGGCAGCUGCGUUGACAGUGGAGUGCGGCACUUUCCAGGAUCCCAAAGACCGACUUGGAUUGGCCCACUUCCACGAGCAUAUGCUGUUCCUGGGCACGGAAAAGUUCCCCAAGGAAGACGAGUACAGCAAGUAUCUUAGUGAGCAUGGCGGUGACAGCAAUGCCUUCACCAUGUCCGAGUACACUACGUACUACUUCAAGGUAGCUUCGCCCUUCUUGGACGAAGCCUUGGAUCGCUUCGCCCAGUUUUUCAUCAGCCCGACCUUCGACCCAUCCGGCAUUGAGAGGGAGAUGAAGGCGGUGGACUCCGAGAGCACCAACUACUCCACCGAGGACGGUUGGCGACUUCUCCAGGUUUUAAAGGCCACCGCCGCCCCGGAGCAUCCCUUCUUCAGCUUUGACGUGGGCAAUCUGGACACACUGGGAUCGAACGACUUGGACCACACUCGGAAGCAAUUGGUGGAGUGGAACAAGACUCACUACCAAGCCGGUGCUAUGAAGCUUGUUGUCGUGGGAAGUGACAGCUUGGAUACACUGCAGGAGUUGGCAACCGAGAAGUUCCGCAGCGUUCCCUCGGGCAGCGGCCGAGAGAUGGUCUAUCCGGUCAAGCCCUGGCCGUCAAGCCAGGUGGGUCGCGUCGUGAAGUGCGUGCCGUUGAAGGACUCUCGGUCGAUCUCGGCUUGCUGGCCACUUCCACCCGUGCAGAAGUACCUGUUUGCAAAACCGGAGCUCUACUUGGCGCACCUCCUUGGCCACGAGGGUGCCGGCUCGCUUCACGAUGCCCUCAACCAGUUCGGCUGGGUCGACCAGCUGUCUUCCGGCACCGCCCAUUCGUUCACCGAUGAGCAGCUUUUUGCCAUCAACAUCACGCUGACUCCUGAGGGCGACGCGCACCGGGAGGAGGUCCUGGCUUUGCUGUUCGAGUACGUCGAGACCAUCCGAUCAGCCGGGCCGAAGGAGGAGAUUUUCAAGGAGCUCGCCUCUCUUCAAGAGAUCGGCUUCGCUCACAAGGAGGACUCCCCGCUGCCAGAUGACUUUGCGGCCUCUGCAGCCAUGGCCCUGCACAGGUACCCUGCAAAUGAAGUGCUGCGAGGACCGUUUGCUCUGGAUGAGUGGCGAUCGGACGUCGUUGCCGAGUAUUUGUCAACCCUCACUCCGACGAACUGCCUCAUCAUGGUCACCAGCGACGGCUUCAGAGAAGAGAGCACAGCCGAGAGUGCCAGUGAUCAGGGCUGGAAGCCGGAGGAGUGGUACAAGGCCUACUACAAGUUGGAGCCCCUGGACAAGGAUCACUUGGAUCAGUGGCGGGAGAAGCUGGAAGUGGCUCUCCAGGGCCAGCCCUCGGGUCUGAAACUUCCCGAACCCAACCGCUUCAUCCCAACCGACUUCUCCCUGCGUGCUUCGGACGGCGAGGGUGCAGAGGUCACAAAGCUUCCCAUGGAGGUCCUGCCCCCGAACCCGCUGAUAGAUAGCGGCAUGCUCCGGCUAUGGCACAAGGUGGACAAGGCGUUCAAGACGCCUCGAGAGUAUGUUCUGGCGCACGUGCACACCGCUGCCUACGAUGCCGGUCCGGAGGUCGUGACGAUGAUGAGACUGUUUUGUAGCGUGGUCAGCGAUGACCUGAACACUUUCUCCUACGAUGCAAGCGUGGCCGGCCUGGGCUACAACUUGGAGUUUGCAGACAACUUGACGAUGUCAAUCGGUGGCUUCAACGACAAACUGCCGGACCUCUUGAAGGUCGUCGUGGGGCGCAUUGCCACACUUCUGGAAGAGAUCGAGACUAUCGCUGAGGCCGUGAAGGGCGCAAGCAGCGAGGAGGAGCUGCUCGCCGCUCUUGGGGACCGGGGCCAGGAGCUGCUGGAAAAGCUGGAGGUUCAGCGGCAGAUCCUUCUCCAAGACUACAAGAACUUCACUCGCGAGGACCCUUGGUCUGUUGGCAACUACUACCUGUCGCAGCUGAUGCUGCGCAAGUCUUGGCAUCUGUCAGAGUACAUCGAGGUGUUGGAAAGAGGACCGGAUCUCGCCGCAACUGCAGCAGCCGUCCGCACGGCCUUCAGUCAUGUCCAGGUGGACAUGCUCGUGCACGGCAAUGCGACGGCGGAAGAGGCCAAGAGUGUAGCUGACACGGUUUGCGCCUCGCUAAAGCGCUUGGGCGCCGAGCCUCUAAAGGAGCUGAGGAAGAAGGAGAUCACGCAGCUGCCUCUGAAUUCUACCACCGUCUUCGAGUACGACCUUGCUGCCCUCAACCCUGCGCAGGAGAAUUGCAGCACGCAGGUCGUCUACCAGGUGGGUCCAACCAACGAGGACUUGAGCCGCGACGCCUGCGUAUCCCUUGCCUGCCGGAUAGCCCACGUCUCGGCAUUCCAGAGGCUGCGCACGGAGCUGCAGCUGGGGUACAUUGUGCAAGCUUUUCCGUGGGUGAACGAGCACAUCUGCGGAUUUUCAGUGCUGGUUCAGGGCCCCCGCGAGCAUCCCCAGAAAGUGGACGAGCGCAUUGAAACCUGGCUCGAGGACUUCGGCCAGGAGCUCGAGGCCAUGACAGACGAGGACUUCCAAAACAACGUGGAGGCACUGGUCAACGAGAGGACUCAGCGAUACUCCCGCCUUCUGCAGGAGGCUACUCGGCACUGGGCAGAGAUUUUGCCGCGGCGGUAUCAGUUCCAACGCAUCCUCGAGUCCACGGAGGCCCUGAAGUCAGUGAAGAAGGAAGAUGUGGCCGCCUUCUUCCAGGAGUACCUUGCAAAGGGUGCCCCAUCGAGGCGGAAGCUAAGCGUUCGGGUCCUUGGCACCACGGCGGAUGGGAAGAAGAGCGACGAUCUGGGUGAAUCGGAUGAGAUGCUCACCAACGUGCACGAGCUCCGUGAUUUCCACGGCCGGACAGAAUCCUUCCCUCCCAUAGUGAAGAGCAUUGCAUUCAUGCAUGUGGCGCUGGGGGCCGCGAAAGCUCGAGAGCAUAUGUCCAAGGCGGAGCAGGCGCUGAAGCCGUCCUGGAUGUCUUUGAAGUUCAGUCCGGACCAUCUCUCGGCAUCCAUGGAGUUCUCGCAGGCGGCCACCCAGUUUAGGGCUGCCAACAUGCUGCAAGAAUCUGCCGAUGCCUGGGCCAAGUCGGGUGAGAUGAAGGAGCAGCUGCAUGAUCUUUUCGGAGCCGGCAGAGCGUACGAAAGUGCCGGUGGCAUUUGUGAUGGAAGUGGGCCCGAUGGGGCAGCAGCGGCCAUGAGGCACUGGCAGAAGGCCGUGCAAUGCUUCCGAAUCGCGGGCAAAGCGGAUGUGGCUGCAAAGCUCCUGCUCAAAAUGGCUGGGAUCAAGGAGAAGCCUUGCCCUCAGUCCAAGUAUCAGGCACAUCGUGGCAUAUCUCCAGACCUUCUACCUUGUGUUGUCACAUUGGACUCUUCCGGAGUAGCACAGUCCCAUAGCUGGAUAAUACUGGCUGCUACUACGUGA